ACACUUAAGUUGAAUAUACUCAAGUGUACUUUUUUCCCACCUGGGGUACUAAUACUAAAUACUACCAUAGUGUGCUGAUAGUGUUGUGUCAGUGGUUUAACAUUCAUAAUAAUCCCUAUUUCCCACUCAUGUAGGCUGAAGAUGACAGAAAGUGAAGGCCAAGAUUGUGAUUAUUUCACAAGACCGAAGUCGGACACAUUAAACCUCUUCUGUGUUCACCCCCAGCAGAAGGCAGACAAGGCUGUAGUGCAAAGAAGGCACAAACAGACAAUAGCAAAACAAAGAAGCCCUCCUCUGUUCCCUUUGUCUUUUCCUAAUCCCCCAAAAAAGCAGUGAUUUCAUCACUGGCAUGUCCAACCUCACACAUGAACACCAGAGAGUAGAAGAGCAUGAGAAGAGCCACCUACGCAGAGGUUGCGCUGAGGCAUAUUUCCUCAGAUCCUCGAGAAGCACGAUGCAGGACCUUUUCAUGGGUGCUCAGAUGUCGCUUCACAGAGGGCAAGUCCGCAGGAGGCGACGAGUGUUGGAGCGCAUUAAAGAUGUGAUGAAGCUCAUCGGCCAAAGAGGUUUGAGCUACAGAGGCAGCAUACACACUUGAUGACGACACCAUUGACCAUGGUAACCUUUUGAAUGACGUGCUGGAGACCAUGGAUGUGAAGCAGUGUAUUGGAAAUUCCACUGAUGGGGCCUCCAAUACGCCAAUAUAAAGGUUUCUCUGCACUGCUCUCCAAAAAGUGCCUGACUCAAAUACAUGUGGUGUUAUUCACACAUUCUAAACCUUUAUUAGGCUGUCGGACAGAACGCAGUGUGUUUUUAGAGAUACUUGGUUCUUACACGACACUGACGCUACAAACAAUGAGCUUUAAAAUAUGACACAUUGCUGUAGUAGUCGUUAAAAUUCGUAAAGUCUUCUACAGCAGUAACAUGCAACAUACACAUCAAUGCACAAGUAAUACUAACACAGAAAAAAACAUAUAUACUUGUGGAGAGGGACCAUUUUACUGCACAAUGACGACAUCUCAUACCCUAAGUACAUUUAAUAUGUGUACUUAAGUAGGGGUUUUAUUGCAGAAAUUUUACGUAGUGGAGUAUUUUCACAGUGUGAUACAAAUACUUCUAUCAGUAGGCCUCCUUUCCCUCUGUGCACUUUACACAGACUCGCACACUCGUUGCUCGUUCGUGUCGUCUCCCCGCCAGCAGGGGGCGAUGAGAGCUCCACCGGACAGCGGACCGGCGAAGAAGACGGGGCUCGGGACAGAAGCUUGGAGCUCCCCGGCGGACGACUCAGGUGGUGCUCGGUAGUAUCCGAGCGAAGACUUCGUCCACAGAAACCGUGAACCAUGAAAAACGAGGGAAUGGAGGGGACGGAGAGGUUCCUGAGCCCGGGCAGCGGCAGAGGUCUGCGGGCGGUGAGGCACUUCGCGGUGGGGGAGCUGGUGUUCGCCUGCCCUGCCUACUCGUACGUGUUGACGGUGAACGAGAGGGGAGCGCACUGCGAGAACUGCUUCAGCAGGAGAGAAGACCUUUUUAAGUGUGGCAAAUGUAAGCAGGCCUACUACUGCAAUGUUGACUGUCAGAGAAGCGAUUGGUCCAUGCAUAAGCUGGAGUGUGUGGCGAUGUGUGCCUACGGGGAAAACUGGUGUCCAUCAGAGACCGUCAGACUGGUGGCGCGAAUCCUCUUGAAACAGAGAGUCACAACAGAGCGCACACCCUCAGAAAAGCUGCUACUGCUCACAGAGUUUGAAUCCCAUUUAGACAAGAUGGACAUUGAGAAGGACGAGUUGAACCAGGCGGACAUCGCAGCGCUGCACCACUACUACUCCAAACACAUCAGUGACCUUCCUGACGAGCAGGCUCUCACGGAGCUGUUUGCUCAGGUUAACUGUAAUGGAUUCACUAUAGAGGACGAAGAGCUCUCCCAUCUGGGAUCGGCUGUUUUUCCUGAUGUCGCCCUGAUGAAUCACAGCUGCAGUCCUAGUGUCAUAGUGACCUAUAAAGGCACAUUAGCCGAGGUCAGAGCUGUCCAAGAGAUCAACCCCGGAGAUGAGGUCUUCAACAGCUACAUAGACCUUCUCUAUCCAACAGAGGACAGGAAAGAGAGGUUGUUAGAUUCCUACUUCUUCAUAUGCCGGUGUACUGAGUGCACCUCCAGGUCUAAGGACAAAGCUAAAAUGGAGAUCAGAAAGCAGAGUUCUUCACCAGAGCCGGAGGAAAUCCGAUCUAUGAUCUAUUACGCCAAGACUGUCAUCGAGGAGUUCAGGAAAGCCAAACACUACAAGACCCCGAUUGAGCUGCUGGAGAUAUGCGAGCUCAGCCAGGAGAAGAUGGCAGCUGUGUUCGCAGACACCAACGUGUACAUGCUGCACAUGAUGUAUCAGGCCAUGGGCGUCUGUCUCUACAUGCAGGACUGGGACGGAGCCAUGAGCUACGGAGAGAAGAUCAUUCAGCCGUACAGUGUUCACUACCCGGCCUUCUCUCUGAAUGUGGCGUCAAUGUAUCUGAAACUGGGACGUCUGUAUCUGGGGCUGGAGAAGAAGACACAUGGAGUCAAAGCUCUAAAUAAAGCAGUUGCCAUCAUGGAGGUGGCUCAUGGGAAGGAUCACAAUUAUGUUGCAGAAGUCAAACGGGAAAUUGAGGAGCAGAUGUAAACGAGGUGCAGCGGUUGGAGCAAAACGAUGGCGGAGGGAGGAUGUAGGAGGAGCCCUGGAUUGAUCACAACUGCAUGCCGUGCAUCUUACUGCCCUCUGGUUUUUUUUAUCGCCCACUCUUUUUUUUGGAUUUUCAUGCCUUUUUUUUGGAGGCAGUUUCUUUUUCCAUGGCUACAUAUUGUGGGUGAGGAAGACCACGUUUUGUACUUAUAGCAGACCUGGUGUUCAAAACAGACAAAUUAGGAUUUGGGGGAGGGGGGGGGGGAAUAAAAAACAAAAAGGACUGGAAUACUUUCUGUGUGCUGAAGCUCAUAAAACCUAUUGAACAGCCUUACUGUUAUUUAAAAAAGAAAAAAUCACAUUUAUGGAUAAAAGAUAACGCUUUUAUUUACCAGCUAUGCAAAAAUCCAUUUUCUGAGGCUCCACUUUUCUUUCCUCGGGAAGCCAAGGUGUUUUAAUACCAUCAAACCGAGUUUCAUGGCUACAUUCAUUUUUGUAAACUGUGACGAAAAUGUGAUUGACCAUGCAUCAGGUUCUCUGUUGCGACAGAGAAGAGAGUGCAAAGAACUAUUCCUGAAUGAUUAAUCAGUCGAUUGAUUGUCUUGUCUUGCAGUAUGUUUGCUUGUUUUAAAGAUGCAUGUUUAUGUUGUGCAUAUGAGGCUUGUUGACCAAAGGGGUCACAGGUUUAACUUGACGGGGAACCAGCUAUAAUUCUCUCUUCGGUGUAUCUUUUAACAAUGGUGCUGAUCUGAGGCCAGGGUGACUACUGAGUCACAGUGAAGACAUUGGUGCUAUGACCUGACCGAUGAUCCUGGAUCAGAGCCCCGAUGCUCUCAGGAGAAAGGCUCAACGCUGUAGCUGUUGCCGCCUUUCUGUCUUAAAAUGCAUUAUUCUACCUUUUGGGAUUUCUUGUGAAUCCAGAUAGUCAUUUCCCUGGGACUGAAAUCACUUAAGCAGAGCAGCGGGCAGAAUAUUAACAUGCAGUACAACCUAGUAGGAUUACCUUUUACCUGCAGGUUGAACCACUUUUAACUUUAUAAUUUUUAAAAAAUGAAUGCACCGCAUCUUAAAAAGGGAAAUGCAUCUUCUUAUCUUCAGUGCCACCAUCAUUCUGUACAGUUUUACUUUGUUUAAAUUAUAAUAUAUAGCAAAUUAUACCAACAUGGCAACUCUUCAUGUAAGUAGUAUCUUCUCCAGGAAUGGAUACCCCAAACAAAUACAAUCUGUCUUCAAAGCCUGUUGACAACAAGGUUGGUCAGAGACCCUUGAAGAGUUGACUGUAUUGAUUAAAAGAACCAAAUCCAAAAUCAUGAGGAUCAGUCACGGGUCGGGAAACAGAAGUUUUCUCUUUGCUGGUGAUUUCACUGAAUCAUAAUACUGAAAUCGAAGACGAGGCAUGCAGUGUGUGUGUGUAAAAGUCUUUAACAAGUUAUUAACCUGGGCCUUAAUUGAGGGUUAUUGCACUCAUAUUCUGUACAUUAUUUGUGAUAAAAUGAUGUCAAAAUGGUAAACCUGUAAGCAAUCUUUACUGUUUUUUAUGGACAGUUGGCCUGCAGUCUUCAAACCACCAGAGCAACUGCAGUCAUAUCAAAUAAAUAUUUGUAAUGCCUGUAGCUUCUCCCUCUUGUUUACUAUGGAUGCAGUUUUAUGCACAACAUGAAUGUGAGUUACUGAGGGUUAUCAACAGCCCAUUGUUAUGAGUUGCCUGUGGUCAUAUUUAUAAAAACGCAUGCAUAGAUGACUUAAAACACCAAUGCUCAUACUGAACAUAUAAAACCAGAUGAAAGGCCACGCAGAUGUGAUUUCAUGUAACGAGCUGUUACUUAAUCAGGCAUGGAUGUUAUUCUCUUGGAAUGCACAACUAAAAUCUCAACUUUUUUGAUUCUUUCUGUACCAUGUCAGUGGAACUGAAUAAAAGGCAGCAUUGCACUUA